GCGCGUGUACCGGGGCAAAAACCGGCGUUCUGUGUGGCGCGCGCUGGGUAACACGCGCAGCGACGGUAGCAGCAACCAAGCAACUGCUGUAGUUACACAGCGUCUCUACUGGGAAGGUACUUCUAAUGAUUUCAUGUUGGCGAUGAUCACAAUAUUUAGGACCAUAUAAAAAGCAGACCACGACUGAAUCCCUGUGAGCCAAUAUCGUGCAAAAAUGAAGCGUCAGAAGUCUGUAUUCCAGGUGUUCCAGCACAGUCUCAAGCCUUCAAGGAAAACGUUCAUGUUCUUGUUCGUCAUAACGUGGCUGGUGGUCACAAUACAUUCUGAUGAGGAUUACUACAAGUUACUGGGAAUUUCAAGGGAAGCUAGCACCCGUGAGGUUCGGCAGGCCUUUAAGAAGCUUGCACUGACCAUGCACCCGGACAAGAACCCAAAUGAUGAGACGGCCCACGAGAAGUUCCUGAAGAUCAACCGUGCAUAUGAGGUGCUGAAGGAUGAAGACCUGAGGAAGAAGUAUGACAAGUAUGGAGAAAAGGGUCUCCAGGACGACCAGCAGGGAGGCAGAUAUGAGAGCUGGAACUACUACAGAUAUGAUUUCGGCAUUUAUGACGAUGAUCCUGAAGUUAUCACUCUAGACAGAGGGGACUUUGACGCAGCAGUCAAUUCAGGAGAAGUCUGGUUCGUGAAUUUCUAUUAUCCCCGGUGUUCCCACUGUCAUGAGUUGGCCCCCACGUGGCGGGAGUUUGCUAAAGAGAUGGACGGCGUGGUGCGCAUCGGUGCGGUGAACUGUGGGGACAACAGCAGGCUGUGUCGCAGUAAAGGCGUCAGCAGCUACCCCAGUCUUCUCGUCUUCAGAGCCGGCGUGAACCCAGAGAAGUACUACGGGGACAGGUCCAAGCGCAGCCUUACCCAGUUUGCAAUGCAGUUUGUGACGAGCAAAGUGUCUGAGCUUUGGCAAGGAAAUAUUUUCACCGAGAUUGAGCAGGCGUUCGCCUCCAGAGUUGGAUGGCUCAUAACCUUUUGUGCUGACACCGGAGACUGCCUGGAGUCACAGACAAGACAGAAGCUUGCUGGAAUGUUGGACGGGCUGGUGAAGGUAGGCUGGAUUGACUGCACCAUGCACACGGAUUUGUGUGGAAGCUUUGACGUCACCUCCAGCACCACAGCCCUGUUCCCCCCCGACAGCUCACUCACCCAGGAGGGCAGCGUGCUGUUUCUGAAGACACUGGAUGCCAGAGAGAUCUACCUACAGGUGUUGCAGCACAUGCCUGAUCUGGAGACUCUCACCAAGAACAGCUUUGAGGACAAGUUGGCUCAUCAUCGCUGGCUGGUCAGUUUUGUAUUUGGGGGGAACAGCGCCGCUGUGCACGAGUACAAAAAGCUUGGUGCUCUCCUCCGAGAUGCUCACAUCCAGGUAGGGAAGGUGGACUGUCUGUCGGAGGCGCAGUUGUGUGCCUCUCUCUACAUCCAGAAGCCCUGCGUGGCCGUCUUCAAAGGCCUUGGCAUUCACGACUUUGAGAUCCAUCACGGUAAAGACGCGCUGUACAACAUCGUGGCGUUUGCGAAGGAAAGUGUUAGCGCCCAUGUCACAACCCUGCGGCCGGAGAACUUCCCCCGUGACGAGAAGGUGCCCUGGCUGGUCGAUUUCUUUGCCCCUUGGUGUCCCCCCUGUCGUGCUUUGCUUCCUGAGCUCAGGAAAGCCUCCAUCCAGCUACACGGACAGAUGAAGUUUGGCACUUUGGACUGUACCAUACACCAGGGCCUCUGUAGCAUGUACAACAUUAACGCGUACCCAACAACUGUCGUCUUCAACAAGUCCAGUGUUCAUGAGUACGAGGGUCACCAUUCCGCCGACGGCAUCCUGGAGUUCGUACAGGAUCUGGCAAACCCGGUGGUGGUGACGCUGACCCCGGAGACGUUUCAGGAGCUGGUGAGGAGGAGGAAGCACGCAGAGACAUGGGUGGUGGACUUCUACGCGCCGUGGUGCGGGCCGUGUCAGGCCCUGCUUCCCGAGUGGAGACGGCUCGCUCGGAUGCUGAGUGGGCUGAUAAACGUGGGUACGGUGGACUGUCAGAAGCACCAUUCGUUCUGUCAGAGUGAGAGUGUACGCGCUUACCCAGAGAUUCGCCUCUUCCCCCAGAACCGCCGAGACCAGUACCAUGACUAUAAAGGUUGGCACAGAGAUGCCCACUCACUCAAGACAUGGGCCCUCAGCUACUUGCCCCGGGCAUCUGUGGAUCUGUCACCCGAAGAUUUUAGAAGGAAGGUUCUGGAAGGCCAGGAGCACUGGGUGCUGGAUUUCUACGCCCCAUGGUGUGGCCCAUGCCAGCAUUUUGCCCCGGAGUUUGAGGUUCUCGCUCGGAUGCUAAAGGGGACAGUGAGGGCAGGGAAGGUGGACUGUCAGGCGCACUACCAGACAUGUCAGAGUGCGGGAAUCACAGCCUACCCCACGGUCCGCUUCUACCCCUACCUCGGCACCACGCGGCGAGGACAUGGAGGUGAGUAUGUUGACAGCCGUGACUCUGCUGUCAUCGCUGAUGUCAUCCACCAGAGACUGCAGCAGCUGGCUCAGCAUACCAAAUCCAAACUUAAGGAUGAACUGUAAGACAUUACUCGUUUUCAAAUCUCAUUCUUCACCGACUAUUUUGGCCUGCGGGAUACCGAGAUGGGACGGACCGUGGUGUUGCGUGCACACACACACACCAAUGUCAACCACUCUGGUGAGGCGAACGCUCUACCAGAAGAAAGCGAGUUUACCUCAGCCUUGUGUUCAAACGUGUCUGACAAGGAAGUCCAGACUCCAGCACUCCCAACUCCUCCAAACACCUCCAACGUGGCCGCUACCGAUGCUACAUCUGACCCUUCUUCUGACGAACAGCAGCGUCCCUCGUGCUAGCUGCGUCUUUUACCAAUGCCAGAUGUUUUCACAGUACUGCUGCCCUACACUUUUUUUUCCCCUUGAAUAUUUUUUACUUUUUUUCUCUUGAAUAUUUCUACUCUGUCCACUUCAGAGGGUGAGCAUGUGAUCGCUGCAGUUUUGAAGUGUUUUUGUUGUUCUGUGAGGAUGCUGUUUGGAAGGACACCUGUUUUAUGAUGACUCGUUUCUCCUGCAUUUUUAGAAAACACUAGAAAUGUAACUCCCGUCGAGUGUCUGUGGUUAUUACGUUUUGUCAUUUUGCCUACGCCUGAUGGUGAAGUAAAAACUUCCAAGGGUGUGUGGACUAUUAUUUUUUUACCUGAUGAAAAGAUUGUCGGACUAUAACCUUGUAACCGCGUUCUGCAGGACUGGGAAUGACAGGGGUCUGGAACCUUAGUGCUCUUGAACGGUUUCUUCUCUCUUAUAGACGUCUUCUUUACACACACUCAUGGACUGCUGUUUUGCACAGAUAUGUCAUCUAAAAUAAAAUGGCUGUUUUUUUAA